AUGGCCACAAACCGCACCGCCAUGGCUUCUCCGGGGAUUAGGACGGGCAAGGUGGUGACGUGUGUAUUUCUAAUACUCUUCGUAAACACCGCUCACUGCGAAGGAAAGAAAGCAGAAACCCCAAACAAAGCAGCUAAAACACCUCUAGAGCCACUGAAGGCGUCAGCGACUGCACAGACGGGCUGGUACGAAGGUGCCGGCGGCUCUUCAUCCUGGUCUUCGGGAGGACAAAGCUAUGGCGAUGGGGGCGGUGCAGCAGGGCUUGGUCCUUGGACUGACUCUGGCAGCGUAUCGUCGGGCAUCGGCGGAGGAGCAGGUGGAUCUGGACCAUGGGCCGACUCCGGAAGUGGUGGUUUCGGCGGUGGUGUCGGACCAUGGCAAAGCUCGGGUAAAGGCUCGGGUGGCACUGGCUUCACUUCGGGCGCCGCACCUUGGGCUGGCGCGGGAAAAGGAUCAAAUGGUGGCUAUGGAGGUGGUGCCGGUCUUGAUUCAUGGGCCGGAGCAGGGAAGACCGGCGGAUUUGGUGGCUCUGGCAAGUCGUUUGGAGGAGGAGGAGCUGGCGUCGGACCGUGGGACCAAGCCGGAGGAUUUGGCGGCGGCAAGCUUGGCGGUGGCGGCGGCGGUGGUACGUCGUGGACCCAGAACGGUGACUUCGGGGCCGGUGGCAAAGCAAAUGGAUGGGACUUCUCACAAGGAUCGAAAUUCUCUGGCGGUGCUGGCUCCUGGGAUCAAGGUGGUUUCGGUGGUGGCAAGCUUGGUGGCGCCGGUGGUGGUGCGUCGUGGUCUCAAGGACAAUUAGGUGGCAACAAAGCAGGGUACGGGGGAGGUGCGUCAUGGGACCAAGGCGGCAAAUCAUUCUCCCAGAAUGCUCAAAGCGGGCCCUGGAGAGGCAAGACAGCCGUAGCUCAAGAUUCGUGGACGCCGAGCGGUGCAGGAGGCUAUGGAAAAACGUCUGCAGCAGGCAUCGGCCCAUGGAAUCAAGGAGUUGGUGCAGGAAAAGGAUUCAGUGCUGCCGAUGCUUGGCUUCAAGACAGUCCUGCAAGUGCAGGUCCGUGGGCACAAGGUGGAACCGGAAACGGCAAGCCAGUCUCCGGAACCGGUCCCUGGACCCAAGGAGGGACUGGUAACGGCAAAGCGAGCUAUGGAUCUGGGCCUUGGUACGGAAGCUUUGCUGGUGGAAAAGGUGGAAAUGGAGGUGGCGCUGCCUCUUGGGCCAAUGGUGGAAACGGUGCCGGAGGAAAGAAGAUAUCAUCACCAGGGCCUUGGGACUCGGGAAGCUUUGGAGGCGCUGCCAAGGGAGGCGCGGGGCCUUGGUCACAAGGGGGAGGGGGAUAUGGAAAUGGUGGGACUAAAAACUUUGGCGGGCCAACGCCGUGGGCAGGUGCAGGAAGUGGUGCAGGAAACGGUGCAGGACCGAAGAGCUUUGGUGGGCCAGGGCCCUGGGCAGGUGCAGGAAAUGGCGCAGGAAAUGGUGCAGGACCUAAGAGCUUUGGAGGGCCAGCGCCCUGGGCAGGUGCAGGUGCAGGCAACGGUGCAGGAUCUAAAACCUUUGGCGGGCCAGCGCCGUGGGCAGGUGCAGGAAGUGGUGCAGGAAACGGUGCAGGACCGAAGAGCUUUGGUGGGCCAGGGCCCUGGGCAGGUGCAGGUGCAGGCAACGGUGCAGGAUCUAAAACGUUUGGCGGGCCAGCGCCCUGGGCAGGUGCCGCUAAUGGCGCAGGAAACGGUGCAGGACCUAAGAGCUUUGGCGGUUCAGGGCCCUGGGCAGGCACAGCUAAUGGUGGAGGGCCAAAGAGCUUCGGUGGCACAGGGCCAUGGGCAGGUGCAGGAAAUGGCGGUGCCUCUAAAUUCAAUUCUGGAGCUGCAUCGUGGGACCAAGGAGGAUAUGGCAGAAACGGAAGAACGGGUGGACCCAAACCAUGGGCUGGAGCAGGCGCCAUUGGUACUGGUGGCGGAUCUUGGGCCGGCCAGGGCGGCUUCGGUGGAGGUGCGUCGGGACCUUGGGACAACGGGAAGGGAGCUGGAGCUGGAGCGUCAUGGGACCAAGGCGGAUUCGGUGGUGGCAAGGGAGCAGCGCCUGGCCCGUGGGCUGGAACAGGAAAGUCUAAUGGAUUUUCUCAGCCAGACCUUGGAGGAGGCCCUGCCGCUGCAGGUCCUUGGGAUCAGGGAUCAUAUGGAGGGGCAGGUAAGGGAGGCGGUGGAGGAGGCCCAUGGGACAGCGGAAGUGUUGGAGGGGGAAAAGGUGUGCCUGGUGGUCCCUGGGCUGGGGCUGGAGGUAAUGGAAAAGUAUCUAGUGGACUCGGAGGAGGUCCCUGGGCUCAAGGAGGCGUAGGAUCAGGCGGUUCUGGUCCGGGACCUUGGGAUCAGAGUGGAUAUGGUGCGAAAAAGGGUGGGAACGGUGGUGGAACAGUUGGCCCAUGGGACAGCUCCUCAAAGUUUAACGGCGCAGGUGCCUCUUGGAGUGGAAACGGAAAUAAUGGCUUUGGCGGAGGCAAAGGCUAUGGCAACAGCGGUAGUUCGUGGUCUCAAAACGGCAAAUUCGGAGGCGGAAGUGCGGGCGUAUCGUGGACGCAGACAAUGUUCGGAGGCACUGGAGGUGGGCCGUGGCAACAAGGCGGCUACGGUGGUCAAGAUUCGUGGGCUACAAAAGGUGGUAAUGGUAAUGGUAAAUUUGGCAAUGGUGGUGCUGGACCAUGGCAAGGCGCCGGUGGGGGAGGAGACGGCGGUGGAUGGCAGGCCGACCAGGGAAGCGUCGGCGUCUGGAUCGGAGAUGUCAGUCAGAAGGGCAGAGGCAGCUUCGGUCAGCAGGCUGGAGGAAGACGGAAGAACAAUUACCUGCCUUCCCAAGGCGGCGCUAGCUGGGAUGGACAGGCAGGUGGGCAAAACGGUGGUGGUGGAGGUGGGAGCUGGGAUGGCGGCGCAUUUCAGAAAGGUCGCGGGGGAUUUGGGGGGGGGCAGAGAGGCGGUGUGGGCAAAGUUCAGUGGAGCUUCAGCAGAAGCGAUCCAUGGGCACAACCACAAACCUGGUCAGGUUCCUGGACAACGGACGGAGCAGCGCAGCAAUACACUUCAGCGGGAGUCGGGCAGAUGAUGUUCGGCGGUGUAGCAGACUGGAUGACGGCAGACAAGUACAGCGCCAAGUACGGAGGAAGCAGCGGCGGAGGAGGAUGGCAGCAGCAGCAGCUUGGAACUGGCAAUCGGGGCUCCUGGAGUGGAGGUGGUCGAGGCGGUGGUAACAAGUGGUGACCAGACAUCUUGCAUAUUGCGUGAGCUUUGAUGCCAUGAACCACCAAUCUUUUGAAGAAGGGACGCCGUCAGCCGGCAUGCAAUGGCUCAUCGUUGAUGAAAGCAAUAUUCUGCGCAGCUUAUUGUCGUCGUUUGUCCAGAGCAAUGCUGUAAUGUAUGAAAUUUUUAAAUGAUUCAAUUGUACAAAUGCUUAGUUAUAUUGUACUGACACGCAUUCUUAUCGCAAUCAUUAUGAUCAACUCCUUUAAAGACAUCCUGCGCAUUUAAAUACAAGAUAUGUUAUGUUCAAUUGAGUGCUGUCUGUGUUGUUCAGCUGAAUGGUAUUUUAUUUUCGCAUACUCGAAUCGCCCUGUACCAUAAGAGUUUAUCAUCUGUUGGUUGUAUGUGUGCCAAGACUGAUUUUUGUCUGUUGACAGGAUGGCAAACAUCAUGUUUUACAGUUUUUGGGUGCGCUGACUAUUGUUGGACUUUUUUGUUGUCACAUCGAAGCCGGCAACUACGUUUGCUUAGAUGUCUUCUGUGUGAACUUUGUUAAUUCCAACAGGCACACGAACACUGCGUUCUCGGCGCCUGUGCUCGAUUGUAGCUGAAGAAAUAAAACUGCACACCUAUGUA